ACCUCCUGCACGAAAAAUAAUCCGAGUGCAUUCGAUUCCACGAACGCAGUUCUUGUUUUCUGCCGAGUUUUUAUCCUCAAAAUGACUUUUAUUUAAGUUUUUAAGUGUAAUUUCCACUUCGGUUUGAAGUGGACAGUUUCGAUAGUGAAUAAAAUAAUCAGCAAUGACGACACCGACGAGUCGAACGAGCAGUGAGGUUGUUUACAUUGGAAAUAGUGGCGGUGGAACUAAACCGGAAUUGGGCGGCGGUAACCGGCGCAACACUUCCAGUCCCGAUGAGGACCGCAAGGAGGUCAAGAUUCUGUUCUUCGACCUGACCUAUUACAACACGACGACCCAGUUCCUGCUGUGCUGCGCCGGAGUUUUCGUGCUCUAUCUACUCUAUGGGUACAUGCAGGAGCUGAUUUUUACGCUGGACGGAUUCAAACCUUACGGAUGGUUCCUGACGCUGGUCCAGUUUGCGUACUACACAGGAUUCGGGUACAUUGAGCGAUCGGUGGAAAGCGUCAAAGUCCCGCGAUGCAUUCCGAUGAAGACGUACAUCCUGCUGGCGUUCCUGACCCUCGGAACGAUGGGACUGUCCAACUCCAGCCUCGGGUACCUCAACUACCCGACCCAGGUCAUCUUCAAGUGCUGCAAGCUGGUCCCCGUGCUCAUCGGCAGCAUCCUUAUCCAGGGCAAGAAGCACGGUCCGUUGGAUUUCUUCGCUGCGAUUGCGAUGUGCGUCGGGUUGACGCUGUUUACGCUGGCCGAUUCGCAGGUUUCGCCGGCGUUCAACCCGUUCGGGGUGUUGCUCAUUUCGUUGGCGCUGCUGUGCGAUGCAGCCAUUGGGAACGUGCAGGAGAAGGCGAUGCGCGAGCACAAAGCGCCAAACAACGAGGUGGUCAUCUAUUCGUACGGGAUUGGAUUUGUGUAUUUGAGUGUGAUUAUGCUGCUCACCGGGAAUCUGUUUGAUGGAUUUGCGUUCUGUUUAAAGCACCCCGUCGAAACGUUCGGCUACGCCUUCCUGUUCAGCCUGUCCGGCUAUCUGGGCAUCCAGAUCGUCCUGACGCUGGUGCGCACGUGCGGCGCUCCCCUAGCCGCGACCGUCACCACCGCCCGGAAGGCGGUCACGAUCGCGCUGUCGUUCGUGUUCUUCAGCAAACCGUUUACGAUCAACUAUUUGUGGUCCGGACUGAUUGUGGUGCUCGGGAUUUACCUGAACGUGUACAGCAAGCGAAGCAAGCUCACCUUCGCCGACAUCCGGCGGAUUUGUGGACGGUUGAUCCAGAGGGUGGUGCCCUCGCGGGGAGGAUCCUCUUCAUCUAGUACCAAAAAGUUACUGCUAGAAGUUUAAGUUGCAUGACGAUACUUAACUGUAAGUAAAUUAUUUAGACUAUUCAAAUUACGCAAGACAAUUCCCAAAACCAACCAUCAAA